GUCUCGAGUCAUCGGUAGGCGGCAGGGUGGCUCCUUCCAGUAAGGAAAGAGGAAGCGGGCAACGCUUUAUGGAUUAGUUUCGUAAAACUCGGGUUUAUUAGUGAAGGGUAGAUCUGGCAUCCUCCGUAAGAGCAUUUCUGAAAUAAAAACGACCAUUUUAAACUUCAUUUAACGUUUGUAAUCUCAAGCGAAGUCGCCUUCAAUGUCUUGACUCUUUCAAUGUAGGACCUCGGUACUGCCCGUCAGUUAUUUUCAAGUUGUCUCGUUAACCCGUCGUUUGCGAAUAAUACGAACACGAGUUUAAACACUCUUGUUUGUGCCGGUGCGUUAUAAGCGUAGUCAAAGGCACUUUUUUAAAAUGGGCCGGUGUUUCUAUUUUAGCACACUUAUACUUUCAGUUUCAUAUCUAUUGAUACCGUUGUGUCACUCUUUGGAAUGGGGUGAGCAGUCUAGUCCCCUGCAAAAUGUGCGGUCCAUCAUCACAAGUUUGUCCGAGGAAGCCCACAGUUGCCUGGUCUCUAUAUUUGGUGAGAAGAGAGUCGACCUGUCUCUCCAGUUUCUACAAAGUGGUGUAAAAUGGCUGUCUGAUGCUGUGGCAUCAGCCCUUAAUAUUGUCAACCAGUAUGUUACGGAAAUCUUGAAAUCAGCAGGAAUUGAUGCCAAGCUACCCUUUCAAAAAGUGACUCCGGAGGGAGUGAUAUUUGUCGCUCAGUGGGCCCUUCUGGUUGUUGUGGCCUACUGGAUAAUAUCCUUCAUCCUGAGUUUGGUUGUUGGAGCUAUAAGGCAGGCUCUGUGGCUGCUGAAGGUCACCUUUGCCAUAGGCAUGUUUGGAUUGAUUCUCAGUGACUUUGGAGCCUCUGCAGAAACCACAGCGAUAAGACUAGUGGGCCUGGCAUGUGUUUGUUUCCUGUUAGGAAUAGGUACAACAUCUACAAAGCCAGAUAGGAACCUCGAGGACAAAAUCAAGAUGCUGGAGAGACGACUAAGAGAGAUGGAGAAAAACAAAAUGGAUUGACGGGGAAACUUUUGUCAGACCAGAAAAAAUGAAUUUUCUUUUCUCUUUGCUUCAGUUGUAAAUCCAAGGAUGGAAUCCAGCAUGACAUUGUGACCCACAUGUGCAUUUUGUUUAUCUAAACUUGGAAGGUG